AUGUCUCGAGCACCUAAAAUCUCAGAAGCGAUCUGGGAGCGACACAAGAGCGUUAUUCGGACCUUGUAUAUUGAGGAAGACAACAGCCCCGAGAAAGUUUCCGAGGUUUUGCGGGACCAGUAUGGAUUUGCAGCAUCGCGUCAUCAGAUCAUUCGUCGGCUUGCCAGAUGGAAGUUCAAAAAGUACACGACUAAGGAGGAAUGGGUAUAUACGAGCUCACAGAUACAAAGGCGAAAAGAGCAGAACGGGAAAAAGACUGAAAUUGUUCUGAAUGGCAAAACAGUUUCGGAAAAGAAACUCAGCAAGGCCUUAGGGAGAUACGUUGGGCCCUGGGACUUUGGGCCCAAGUGCCAGAACCUCACCACAAUCGAGAUUCACACCCCCAAGGAAGGCCCUGGCGUCAUGCCAUACUCGACGCCGUGGUUCAAGUUCUGGAAGCUUGCUGAAGAGACUGGUACGCAACACUACCUCACACAAUGA